ACAACAGUGGCAAUAUUAAUGAAAAUGUUAUUGUGCGCCGCAUCGUAUCAGCUCUCCGGAACGCCAGUCUAGGACGUGUUCGCAGUGUUUAGCCUUUUUUUCCGCCGACCACGUCCGGCGCGCUCGUUCUUCCGUAUCGUUUCUUCAUCUUCUUUCCGCGCGAACCCGCUGCCGGACGACUGUGCCGCACUUCCGAUCCCCACGUAGCGCCAUGAACGAUUCGCACUCCAACGGCGAACCGGACGCGUCGAAAUUCACUCAUCACCUGUCGCCCACCAAAACCGGCAUGCUCGCCCCCAGUCCGAUAGUGACCAGACGGACGAGAACCGAUUCCACAUCUGCUCUGGCUUUGAAAAACCCCCAAAUCACUGGAAAAGUUAAAUACUUUUGCAAAUCCAAAGGACACGGUUUCAUUAUACCUGACAACGGCGAUCCAGACACAUUUGUACACAUAUCUGAUAUUGAAGGAGAAUAUGUCCCGCUGCCUGGAGAUCAAGUCCGCUAUCGCUUGUGUCCUAUUCCUCCAAAAUUAGAAAAAUGUCAAGCUGUGCAUGUAGAAAUUAUUAAUCUAACACCUCAAGUACAUUUGAAAUGGGAUUCACCAGAAAACAACUAAUUAAUGUUACAGUGAUACCUUGCAUAUAAAUGCACAAUAAUUUCUAAUCGUUUAAACCUUGAUGAACACUGGUUACAUUCCAAUUGCCCAUGCUCUAUAAUAUAACCAAAAGACUUGGUCA